AUGUCAACUAAAAGUGAUACAUGGUAUCACUUUGUAAAAAAGGGAUCAAGUGGCGUAUGCAAGUAUUGUCAUGUCGAAGUUAAAACAUGCGGGAAUACAACAAACUUACGCAACCAUUUAUUACGAAGACAUCCAUCUAUUCAGUCCACAAAUGAAGAUAUUGCUACUACGUCGACAUCAAAGGAAAAAUUUGGCAUAAAUGAUGCUUUGAGUUCGACCAGUUCAAAAGAGUACUAUGAUUCUGACUUAGAAAAUAUAGCUUCAUCAUCAGUAUCACUGAAAAAAUCAAAACUUAAUCAGCUAACUAUAGAUUCAUGUGUUGAUAAUAUUAAAGCAUUUAGUGAAAAAGUUGCAGCAGUUGUUACUGAUAAUGGUGCGAAUAUCGUCAAGGCCGUAACAAUUGCAUUUGACAAACAAAAACACUUAUGUUGUUUCGCCCACACUUUGAAUUUAGUAGCUCAAAAACCUUUUGAAGAAGAAGCUGCUGAUGCUCUUCGUAAAGCGCAAAAUGAUAUAGCAGUACCACUCAAAUUGAUUCAGUCAGUUUGCACAAGAUGGAAUUCAAUUUACUAUCAGCUAGUUCGGUUUGUAAAGUUAUCUGAGCUACUUGCCCCGAUAUUACUCAAUUACCCGAAAGCUCCACCUAUGUUAACAGCCAGUCAACUGGAUGGUAUUAAAGAUCUUAUAAAUAUUUUAAAACCUAUGGAAGCUGUGACGAAAGAAGUAUCCGUAGACAAAUUUGUAACGUCAAGCAAAAUUAUACCAAUAGUUUCCUGUCUUUUGAAAACAUACAGUACAAUGAAGACGGAAACAGAUGUCGGUGCUGCAACCAAAAAUUUAAUAUUGGAAGAAUUAAAAAAGAGAUUUGGUACAGUGGAACAAGUACAUGUGUUAGCUAUCACCACACUACUGGAUCCAAGAUUCAAGAAAAUUCAUUUUUCUAACAGAAUAGCAUGCUCCAGACCUAUUGAUAAAAUUAAUAGUAUGAUUGUAGCUUCAAAAAAACAAUUGGAGAAUAAAUUAAGUAAUGAAGAUUCAGAGAAUAAUUUGGAAUGCCAGCUGAAGGAAGCAGAAGAAUCUAAUAUUUGGGAAUUCCAUAACAUAUUAGUAAAAAAUCCGCUACAAUUAUUUCAAGCAGAAACUGAAGGACAAGGUUUACAAGACGAAUUGAAACAUUAUUUAACACAGCCUGUCGUCGACUUUAAAACGACGGCUCCUAUUACAUAUUGGUAUCACCAAAGAAAUUCGUUGUACAGCUCAAUAACGCCGAUUGCCAACAAAUACUUUUGCAUAGUUGGAACAUCUGUUCCAUGUGAAAGGUUUUUUGUUGCGGGAAAUAUUGCUACUGACGAAAGGAGUCGUUUAGAUCCUGAGUGA